AUUUCGUCUAAAAACAAAGAUAAAUCAAAUAAUAUAAAAGUGCAAAUUUUUCGCUACACUCUUAUAGUUUUCCUUUCUUCGACAACAAAAAUGAAGGUCUUUGUGUGUCUCGCCGUCUUUGCUUUUGUGGCAGCUGCUCAAGCUGAAACCCCAAGAGAAAAAUUGAGAAAAUACAGCGACGAAUGCAAGUCGGUUUCCGGCGUUUCCGAGGAACUUUUGACCAGAGUAAGGAACCAUGAAGACGUUCAUGAUCCCAAACUGGACGAACACGGAUUCUGCAUUUUGAAGAAAGCCGGAUUCAUGAACGAAGCUGGUGAUAUUAUGACCGACACAAUCAAAACUAAGUUGAAGCAAAAUAGCGAACAUCCAGAUACUAUUGACGCUCUUGUUGACAAAUGUAACGAGAAGAAAGACACUCCUCAACAUACAGCUUCUCAUUUGUUCACCUGCUUAGUCGAUAAAAAAGUUCACUCUCAUUAAUCAAUUUUGUACAAAUUCGAUUUUGGUCAAUAGAUUUUUAAACUAA